GACGCCGCGAGGAGGGCUCCAUUCAAAAGUAGUCGCUAUUGUCGCCGUGGGCUGAGCUCGCCGGGCCGGCCCCUCCGUGGGGCCGCGCUAGGACGCACGCGGGUGGACGAGGGGACCGAGCCCGGGCGCCCAUGGCCGGGGCCGCCAUGGCCGAGCGGGGCCGCGUGCCUCCCCCCGCACCCGCGCCCAGCACGGAGGGGCUGCCGCGCGCCUUCCUGCAGAGCCUGCGCACCCUGUUCGACAUCCUGGACGACCGGCGGCGCGGCUGCGUGCACCUGCGCGAGAUCGAGUCCCGCUGGCAGGGCACCGACGCGCGGGAGCUGCCCCGCGGGGUGCUGGAGGGCUUGCGCCAGGUGGCCCCGGCCAGCGGCUACCUGACCUUCGAGCGCUUCGUGGCCGGCCUGCGCACCUCCCUGCUGAGCGCCGACGGCGGCCCCCGGGACCCCACGCGCGCCCCGGCCCGGCCCGGGGAUCAGCCGCCGCCGCCGCCGCAGCGCCUGGUGUUCGCGCCGGCCGACGAGCCGCGGACGGUCCUGGAGAGGAAGCCCCUGCCCCUGGGCGUGCGCGCCCCUCUGGCCGGUCCCAGCGCCGCCGCCCGCAGCCCGGAGCAGCUGUGCGCCCCGGCGGAGGCGGCGCCCUGCCCCGCGGAGCUCGAGCGGUCCCAGAGCGCGGCGCUGGAACCGAGCUCCAGCGCGGACGCAGGUGCAGUGGCGUGCAGGGCCCUGGAGGCAGACUCAGGGGAUGCCCGGCGGGCUCCCCGUGCCCGAGGGGAACGUCGGAGGCACACCAUCACCAGCGGCGUGGACUGCGGCCUGCUGAAGCAGAUGAAGGAGCUGGAGCAGGAGAAGGAGGUGCUGCUGCAGGGUUUGGAGAUGAUGGCGCGGGGCCGCGACUGGUACCAGCAGCAGCUGCAACGAGUGCAGGAGCGCCAGCGCCGCCUGGGCCAGAGCAGAGCCAGUGCCGACUUUGGGGCUGCAGGGAGCCCCCGCCCACUGGGGCAGCUACUGCCCAAGGUACAAGAGGUGGCCCGGUGCCUGGGGGAGCUGCUGGCUGCAGCCUGUGCCAGCCAGGCCCUGCCCCCGUCCUCCUCUGGGCCCCCCUGCCCUGCCCUGAGGUCCACCUCGCCCCUGGUCUGGCAGCAGCAGACCAUCCUCAUGCUGAAGGAGCAGAACCGACUCCUCACCCAGGAGGUGACCGAGAAGAGUGAGCGCAUCACGCAGCUGGAGCAGGAGAAGUCGGCGCUCAUUAAGCAGCUGUUUGAGGCCCGCGCCCUGAGCCAGCAGGACGGGGGACCUCUGGAUUCCACCUUCAUCUAGUCCCUGUGGGCCGCGCGGGCCCCCAGGGCCAGCCUGGCACUCAGCCCUUCGAGGGUGGGCGCCCCAUCGCGCCCACCCUCUCUGACUGGAGACCCCCAGCAGGCCCAGGCACAGUCCCGGAGUGGGCGCCUUCCUGCCGCCCUUGCCAGAUGGGCUCCCCAGGCCUGCCCCCGGCUGGCCCCUGCACCGAGCGCUUGACUCCGUUUUGGCUCCUGGUGCUGACAUGGGCUGGGGCUCUCUUGAGUCCGCAUAGUCCGCAGCUACUACUGCCGCUGUCAGUGGACAGUGGGGUACCCCUCCAUGAGUUAGCGUCCCCCCGUUUCCUGCGGUGCCGCCCUGGGUCCCAUCUUCAGGGAAAGGCACUGCCCACGCCAGGCUGCACUUCCAAAAACGGCCAGCAGAGGGCGCGGGGCGGCUCCGACGCGGGUCCAAGGGCAGCUUCCCGCUCAACCAGGGCACCAGGACAAGGGACGGAAGUAGAUGGAGGGGGUGGGGAUGGCCUGUAAGCGGGGGGUGCCUGCCUGGCUGGGGAGCCCCAGGGAUAGCGGUCGGACUUCAGGUUCUGGCCAAGGCUGAGGGACCCUGGCUGCAGCAGAUCGGCACGCCGGGUGGGCGAGAGCUUGUCCUGCAUAUGCCUCCCACAGACCCUGGGGUGAUGGCCUUCCCCCUCCUGGCCGGGACGCUGCCCCACGUUGAGUCCCACACAACAACCUGUGAGCCUGGCUCCCCAGGAGGGCCCCCAGACAGCUCCCAGGCACGUCAUAGGCAAAGCCUGUUCCCCCCGCUCAGGAUUUCCAAGGCCUGGGGUCCUGCUCACACCACUUUGCUCUCACGCCCAGCCUGUCCCCAGGUUUCAGCUGGGAGAGGCCACUUCCCUCAGCCAAGGAAAACGAGAACCCCCAGGGUACAGGAGGAGGCUGGGACAGGUCCUCUUGGGUGUCACUCCCUCAGCCCCUGCCCAGGCUCACUCCCGCUGGUGCUGGAGUACGCACUGGUGGGGGGGGCCCUGCUCAGCCCAACCUGGAGGGUCCCAGUGUCACCAGAACCAGGGGCACGGCAACAGCAUCGAUGGGUUCUGCAGCCCAGGGCCCCCGAUGCGGGGUCAGCGUGUGUGGGGCGCAGGGCCCCCGACGCCGAUGCGGGGUCAGCGUGUGUGGGGCCCAGGGCCCCCGACGCCGAUGCGGGGUCAGCGUGUGUGGGGCGCAGGGCCCCCGAUGCCGAUCCGGGGUCAGCAUGUGUGGGGCGCAGGGCCCCCGAUGCGGGGUCAGUGCGUGUGGGGCGCAGGGCCCCCGAUGCCGAUGCGGGGUCAGUGUUUGUGAGGCACAGGGCCCCCGAUGCGGGGUCAGUGCGUGUGGGGCGCAAGGCCCCCGAUGCCGAUGCGGGGUCAGUGUUUGUGGGGCGCAGGGCCUCCGAUGCGGGGUCAGUGCGUGGGGGGCGCAGGGCCCCCUCGUGUCCAGGGCACUUUGGUACACUGUCCCACAAGGCACCUGUCUCAGAGGAGGGGCCCUGGCAGGCAGCGUGGCAACUCCCUUCCGGAGCCCAGCUCCAUGCUAACCUGCCCACAGCAACCCCACAGAGCCACAUUCCCUGCUGCACCUGGUCUGCAGGGGUAUCCCAGGACAGGCCCAAGUCAGCCCAGCAUGCAGCUGCCCUCCUACCCUGAAGAUGGGAGUGGGCUUUCCAGGGGACAUAAGGAUGCCAGGCCUGGACCUCCUGGGCAGGAAAGGGUGCAGGUCCUGAGGGCCUGUGCCCCACAGCCCCACCACCAGGUGGACUGCAGCGCAGUGGGUGGGCCAGUGGCAGCCGGGGAGAAGCCCCCCGUCAGCAGGGGGUCAGCAGACCCCAGUCUGCCCACCAGGGCCUCCCCACGUCUGCCUUUGAGGGUGCCUGCCAUGCCCUGGGGGAUCCUGGCAUCUUUACUGGACUGGAAGCAGGAGACAGAACAGUGUCUGUCCCGGGGUGACUUCAUCAGGAGACCGCCCACAUAGAGCUGGACCCCGCAGCUGAAGCGGAAAUGUGAGACAGGCUGGCACCUCUGGAAAAACUGCCUUUCAGCCUUGGUGUUCCGUGCAAGGUGAAAAGAAAUAGGUCCUCCCAGUUUACAGCUUGAAAUCAGGCUAGUGAGUGGCCCUGGAGACCACGAGGGGAGAAUUUAAAGUGGCCCCGGCUGGCAGGGUCUAGGUGGCUGGCAGAGGCACAUGCAGACCCUGCCUGGAGCCCGCCCUAGGGACGCUGGGCGGGUCAGUCUCGGUGCAGGAUGUGAGCAGCGUCCCUGGGCUCUAUCCGCGAGGUGCCAGUAGCGUGUGCAGGUAUAUACACGUGCGUGCACACUGUGAUGAUACCCGGAAAUGUCUCAGGAUGUUGUAAUGUGUCCUUGGGGGCAGAAGUGUCCCCGGUUGAGAAUCUGCCCCCAGAGGAACACACCCACACCAGGCCUCAGGAUUUUGUGUUGAUCAAGUUCCAAGGAAAAGGAACAUCUCAGCCGGGCGUGGUGGUUCACGCCUGGAAUCCCAGCACUUGAGGCCAGGAGUUCCAGACCAGCCUGGGCAACGCAGUGAGAGACCCCAUCUCUACAAAAAAAAAAGAAAGAAA